GCAAAAGCAGACAAUCAAAUCAGUCACUCCUCUAACUUAAGUAAUCUUCAGAGCUUCGUAUUCUCGAAUGAGAAUUCUGCCAAUUUUGUUGAUCGCAGGUUUGAAUCGCACACAUUCCCUAAGGAUAUUUUCCAACGUCGCUUUAGAGGAAUUAUUCCAGUCAACGUUGCAGCCGACUCUGGUGGACUACCGGUUAUUUUUGAGCGCUCAGAGAGCCAAGCACCUUCUUCGCCCUCUGCUGGAGGUGAUGAAGAUAAUACAAGUCUUCUCCACACCCGGUCACCAAGUUUCCACUCCCAGCCGCAUAUAGAAGAUUUAGAUGAGAUUACUGAUUUUCCUAAUUUGCCUUCUUCAUUCCCUACUCACAGGCUAGCCAAGCCUCUGGAUAAGUUUCCGUCGCCUACAAAUGCACAUAACAACACAGAUAAUUUAAGCAUAUACUCUUUUCAUGAGCCGACACGAGGUAAUGCGUCUCCUACUCUUCCAACUAAACACAAUACUCAUUCCUCUCAAUCUCACUUUGCUCACGCCUUAGAUUUAUCUUCUCGGGGUAGCGAGGUAAAGACUGAGCAAUCAUUUGAACCCUCUGAUUAUUGUUUUGGUGAUCAUACGCUGGACAGGAAUUCUCAUCGACCAUAUGAAACUGCACAAAACGCCUCUUUGCGAGUGGACAUUCCUUAUCAUUCCUCGAAUGUGUGCAUAUCAGUGAAUGCAUCUCGUUAUCCUGCUAAAAAUAGAUCUGGCGCAUCCGACUCAUUGUUUGCACCUUCUUUCUCUUCUGCUUUAAUGAUUCCAUCUGUCCAGGGAGCGGAGGCUAAGCAGAUUGACCCAGAGGACGCAGUAGAUAUGCCUAAGCUUGUGCCUUCUCGGAGUGUUCGCGAGAUGGUGGCUCGUUUUGAACAGCAAAAGUUUUCUCCAUCUUCAUCUCUGGAAAUGCAUAAUCGAAAGCCCGAUUACUCUCUUUCCGCAGCCAUUCCUUCUCAGUCUACCGGUCCAGUGGUGCCGAAUGACCUGCGCCAAACUUCUGACUUCAUGUUUUUAAAGCCUUCUCUUGCAAUGUCAGCAGUCCCUCGGACCUCUAACUCCCCUUUACUGUCUUCUUCCUUUGGCUGCUUCUCUGAAUAUGGGAUCAGGCAGGGGGCGCAGAACUCGAGCAGUGGUAGUUCACUGUCUUUGGGCAAAAGCGAUACAAUUAUCGCAUCCGGAAAGACCCGAUCUCGCAUUAAAUGCGCCCCCGUUACCACUUCGACCAUCAGCAGCGAUGCAAGUGGAGGAGACAGCCUCGGCCCUGGGCCCGGAGCCUCCGUAUUACCUGAUACUGCCUCUUCAUUAACUUCGUUGCGAUCAAAAGGCCUGCAGCAUCCGUGCCCUGAGGUGAUUGUGUCGAAUAGCCGCUCCGAGGAGUACGGGGUUAAGCGAGACCCAGACCAUUGGCCUGCCCAUGCAUUUACGAGGACCGCGAGAUUUCCCCCCUCGCCGCCCUCCUCAUCCUCAAGUCUCCUAGUCUCUGAGGAGCCACAUGAGGCUGCUGUCGACUCCUCAAAAGCAGCUUUGUCCGGUUUGUCGGACCUUAAAAUUGACCGCGACUACCUCACGGGAGGCUUGAUCAAGAUGGAUCGGUCUCUUGAUCAUUUCUCUUCUCAUCUGGACAGAAUUGACAAGACCCUCGAGGGCAUACAAGGUCUCAAUCAUCUCUUAAACAGUUUGAACAUUCCACCCUCCGGGGAGCUGAAUCGUUCUUUCAAAGACUCACACGGAUCUCCGUCUGGUCAAUCAUUGGUCAAACGAAAGCUGCAUCAACCACCUCCUCAGCCAACUGGCAGGAGAUUCGUAUCCGAUAAUGCCUCCAGCCUCUCUUUAACCGAUUCCAGGACCAUAAUUAGUUCCACUCCGGUUUCCUCUCUGCUCACCCCUUCCAAACUUUCUUCGGUUUUCACAGCCGAUUUUUCUUCUAGUCCACAGUUUCUCGAAUUCCAAGCCAGAAAUCUUGAUUCCGCCAGAUCAUCCAACGAGCCGCCAUCUACUCUUCAGCGCAAGUCUCCUGAGCUGGGCGACGUCCCUGUUAAGCAUCGAGAAUACCUUAGAGCAGAACAGGACUAUCAGCCUCCAAAGAGCGUGCAUCAGUCUCAUCCAAAUCUCUUGCCGCUUGUUGAUUCGACAUGGCCAACUGGCGAAACCAUAUCACUGACCUCGUCACAACGUUCUGGUUUCUCAUCGGCUCGUGACAUAGCAGUCUCGAGGUCUGUUUACAGUGGAGAAACGACAUUUGCUAGCUCAUCAAUGACGCCUUUCACUGCCGGUCAGGAUUCUUCCCAGCCGGUAGCGGAAAUUGCUAGAACCGGCCUCUUUGCUCAAUGA